AUGGAAGUUGCAAUGCAAAAUCUUGUCGAAAGUAUAAGGCCGAUGGUGGAUGUGGAUGGUUGGGAUUAUUGUGUGAUUUGGAAAUUGGGUGAAGAUCAAAGGUUUCUUGAAUGGAUGGGUUGUUGUUGUGGUGGGUCAAGAAGUUGCAUACAAAAUGUGGGAGAGGAACUUGUGUUCCCUCUUGCUCCCCUUCCACCUACAUCUUGUAGGGAUGCUAUGCUUCUACAUUUGAGGACCAAUUCUUGUGAUCUUCUUUCACAAUUACCGACUUCCAAGCCUCUAGAUUCCGGGGUAUAUACUCAAACCUUAAUGUCAAACCAGCCAGCUUGGUUGAACAUGAACUUCUCUAAUAAUGAUGUCCAAGGAACAAGGGUCCUAGUUCCGGUUCCAAUUGGAAUUAUCGAGCUAUUCACUACAAAAAAUGUGCAAGAGAAUCAACAAGUUGUCGAUUUUGUAGUAACACAAUUUCAAACAUCACUUGAACAACACAUGAUGAUGAACUCUAACAAUGCGAAUUUGAAUGACUUUAAUGCGACAAUAGAAAAUCUAAGCCUGCCACAUGACAUAACUGCCGAACGAAUCAAACUAACGGAUUCUCCAGCCAAUUAUUUCCAACAAUUUAAUUACUCCAUAGAGGGUGGAAAUACAAACGGAGGAUUCAUUGAAGGUUCGAGUGAUUCAUUCCUUAAUCCAGUUAAGUCGGCCUUGGAAGGGCAAGGCGAAAUGGAUGGACUUCAAAGAACGAGGACAAAUAAUAUAGGAGGGGACAAGGAUUAUCUUAAUAGACAAGGGACGGGGAGAUCGGAGUCAAACUCAGAUUGUAGCGAUCAAAACGAGGAGGAAGACGAUACGCGGCCGAUGAAAAGAGGUGGAAAGGGGCAGGCGAAAAACCUCGUCGCUGAGAGGAAGAGAAGGAAGAAAUUAAACGAGAGACUUUACGCACUCCGAGCUCUCGUGCCUAGAAUAUCCAAGUUGGACAGAGCUUCCAUCCUAGGAGAUGCAAUUGAGUUCGUAAAAGAGUUAAAAGACCAAGUGGAGGAUCUUCAACACGAGCUAGAAGAGGGUCAUUCAGACGACGACACCAACAAGUCCACGGUUAUCAUGAACAACAACAAUGUUCCCAAUUUUAAACUUAGAGGAGUCCAAACCGGAGAAACAAGUCUAGGAGUGGAAUCCUCAGAUACUAACAACAAUGAGAAGCUCCGUCAAAUGGAGCCACAAGUCGAAGUUGUUCAAUUAUAUGGAAACGAGUUCUACAUCAAGAUAUUUUGCGAACACAAAACGGGAGGAUUUGUGAGGUUGAUGGAGGCUCUUGAUUCCCUUGGACUUGAAGUAACAAACGUGAAUAUUACCAGCUUCAGAUCGUUAGUCUCCAAUGUCUUCAAAGUCGAGAGGAGGGACAACGAAACGAUUCAUGUCGAUCACGUAAGAGAGUCCCUACUCGAAAUAACGAGAAAUCCAUGUGGGGCAGGAUGGCAAGAGAUGAUGAUGACGAAAACGCAUGAGAAUGGAGGGGAUGAGUCAAAUUGUUAUAUUCAUCGUCACGAGCACAAUAAUAAUAAUACUAAUCAAUCCCAAUACCAUGGUAAUUCUAGGAUUCAACAUUGCCACCCAUUCAACAAUCUUCAAAAUAACUAA